AUGACUUAUGCCAAGGACGAAAAACACAAGAGUUUCCAAAAAGAAGAAGAUGCCAUGGCAAGAGAAUUGGAGUGGUUGUUGGUUUCUCAACUUCCGCACGCGCUUUAUGAUUUGAAGAAAGGUUUGAAGAAAUGCGAAGCAAUCAUGAAAUCCCCAGAGCACGAUGAUUCCUUGGGAACAAACGUCCUGAUCAUAUUUGAACUCUGUAGCAACGAUUCGUUGAAGGGUUACGUUACAUUGGAUGGUAGCGAUAUCAUAAAAGGGGAAUUACAAGUGAAAUUCCCAAAUUAUAAUCGGGGCAAUUUGGUCAAGUUAACAAUCCACUCCAAGAAUCCUUAUUUCAUCGAACAGUUGGUAGAUGCGCAGAAUUAUAUUACGUUGGCUUUGAACGCGUUGGAAUGUUCGAGUCAAGCUUGCACGAAAGAAAGUGCCUCCGAG